AUGGCGUCGUCAGUGGCUACGUCUGAUGCAAGCGAUCUUUGUUAUUCGGGUCUUCUUCUCAACCUGCUCUGGUCAAAGUCAACUUUCAUGGACCGAUGGAGUGGAAUAUUGAAGGUACCUUUGUUCAAAGGAAGCAGAGGUCUCUACAAAGUAGCAGCAUCUCUUUGUAUUUCAUCUUCUUCUCAAAUCCCAAUUGUGCCUUCAAUGAAUGCUAUAUUUUUCAAUGGGGAUAGAGUGAAAGGCACUGGGAAUCCAGUGAUUGAAAGGCUUUCAGAUCUUGAAAAGAUUGGUGAAAUAAUGGUUUCAAAACUUGGUGAAAAUGUUAAUGUUUGGGUUAUUGAAGCUUCAAAGUUUAAUGGACCUUUUGCUGUUUAUAAAGAUUUUAUUCCUUCAGUGAACAAAUGGGGAGAACCAACAUCAUAUGAUCCAACUGGAUUUCCUGCUUCUAAUUCCCUUGUUUCACUCCUCUCAAGUUGUCUCACAGAGGCGAAAAAUAUUCUUUCAAGUAAAGUUGUAGAACCAAUUUCAACAGAACCUCCAAUUUCAUGUUUUUCACAACCAAAAACAUAUCUUUUUGGAUUUAGCAAGGGCGGAACGAUAAUUAACCAACUAGUCACCGAACUUGCAUUCUCACAAGUCACAAUCCCCUCCCAUUCCCAAAACAAGAAUGAAAUUAUACCAACUUCAAAGGAAACCCUUCUAAACAGUGUAACCGAAAUCCAUUAUAUAGAUGUUGGUUUAAACUCUAAUGGAGCAUACAUUAAUGACCAAAAUGUGAUUGAAAAAAUCUCUAAACGUGUGUUGGAAGUGGGCCUACGUUUACGUUUUGUUCUUCAUGGGACACCGAGACAAUGGCGUGAUAGUAUGAGGGUUUGGAUUGGGAAUGAAAAAGACACCAUGAUUCGUCUGCUAAAUGAUGUAUGUAAAAAAAGUGAUGAAAAGUUGAUGGUUUGUGAAAGGUUUUAUUUUGCGAAUAACCACGCGAAUAUGCAAAUGCAUUUUGAAGUAAUUGAAAAAAUGGAUAUAAGUUGACUCUCCUAAAAACCUUAAACCAUAAACCUUAGAUUUUCCAAAUGCGUUUAGUAUCAUGUGAUUUAAAUUUAAAUCAGGUAUCAGGACCAAUCCAUAUUGGAAAUGAAACUCUUACACUGUCAGCUGGACUGUGUAUUAGAUUAGUGACUUGACUUGUGUAAAGAAGUUGGAGAUAGGUGAUUUGUGAAUAUAUUUAUAAUGUGAUCCUAAAUGUUAAAUCAAUAAUGAAUGUGUUGAAAAUUAU